AUGUGUGCUCACACGGCCACCGGUCCGGAUUCGCUAGGGCGAAGGCAUUUCCCACGGCGAAGACGGCCCAAUCGCCGAUCAACACCCUUGAGCGGAGUGCGGUGCGCAAAAAGUUCUGGCGACGCAAGGAGGAGCGGGCGGUGCUCGAAAAGAGAUUCUUCACUGAGGAAGACGGGGCAGUCUGCAGAAAACCUGCGGCAAGCGAUACUGGAAAUUGAUGAGGAAGGGUCUGCUGCUCAUCGGUGGCUACCAAUUGGGGAGUGGAGGACUGGGGCAUUCGCAGUAGGGUUCAUUGCACUGUCUGCAAUGGCCAUGGAUCCCUGGGCUCAGGCAUUGGCAGAUGAGGGAGAAACGGCAGCAGCUGCCUCUGGUGAUGUUGUCGCGCAAGCGGGAGAAAUAUUCUCUUCGCAGGGAGCUUUCCUGUUUACUCCCAUCUUGCUCUACCUGAUCUUCAUUGUGUACAGGACUUCGCUCAAUCCGAAAGCCAAGGUCACAGAUUUCCUGUUCCUGGUGGCAAGCUUCUUUAUCAUCUUCAAUAUUAUCUCCAUCCUGUUCUUCAAGACAAGAUACUUCUGA